AUGGAGGUAUCAACAACCCCCUACGGCCUGGAAUCCAUCCGGUUCAACUACUUCAUCUUCCUCAACAUGCUCCAAGCCAUCGCCGCAUCCGCCACGGCCUUCUUCUAUUUAAGGAUUCAGGGCAAACCACUCAAAAUGCCCUCCAGGAUGCUCCUCGGAAAAUACUUCCAGGUCGCCUUCUUCAACGCCAGUGCCUCCCCUUUCUCCUAUGCCGCCCUUCAACAUAUCGACUACCCAACCAUGAUUCUCACAAAGUCGUGUAAACUGGUCCCCGUCAUGCUGAUGAACGUUUUGCUUUAUAGACGUCGGUUCCCGACGUACAAGUACGUCUGUGUGGCACUGAUUACCUGUGGCGUGGCCGGGUUCAUGCUCCUGGCACCCUUUGACGAGCAUAAACAGGAGACUGUCAACAGCUCGCUCUUUGGCAUGUUCCUCGUCAUCAUCAACCUCACCAUCGACGGCGUCACCAACUCGACCCAGGACCAGAUCUUCCAGACCUUCAAGAUCACUGGCCAGGAAAUGAUGUGCUUCAUGAACCUCUUCAUGUCUGCAUUUAUGGCCAUCUGGCUCCUCAACCCCUUCAACUCGGAACUCGGCCAGGCUCUGUCGUUCUGCCAAUCCCAUCCGGCGGUCAUCAAGGACAUUACUCUGUUCUGUAUCUGCGGCGCAUUGGGCCAGUGCUUCAUCUUUUAUACCCUCGAGCAAUUUGGAUCUCUCUCCCUCGUCACCAUCACUGUCACCCGGAAACUGCUCACCAUCCUCCUCUCGAUCUUUGCCUAUGGCCAUAUCCUCAAUAUCUCGCAGUGGCUCAUGAUUGGCGUCGUAUUUUCAGGAAUCGGACUCGAGGCCUAUAUAAAACGGAACGAUAAGCUGGAAAAGUUGGGCCACAACUUGCCCAAGCAUUCCCCGCGACCGGAUCAGCUCUCCUUCAGUCAAGUCGAGAUGAUGAAGAAGGACAAGAUCCACUCCCUCAACGCCAACUUUGUGGGUUUUGCUGGACAAGGCAAUGCUGGCUCGAACGAAGGGUUGGCGCAGUACGGACAGGACUAUGGAUACUCUAACAAUGGCAACAACACUCAACUCCUUCAACCACCUCCUUUGCAUCAUUAUACUCAACAAACCCAACAACAGCAACAACAAUAUUACCAGCAGCAGCAACAGCAGCAGCUUCAACAACAAUCCGUGGAUGGUCAGCUCCAGCCACCCUCAGGAGAUGAGGCGGAUACCCUCAAGAGCAAACGACCCUUCUCGAUCCGGGCGUCCUACGUCAGUUCAAGUACAACCGCGCCAGGAACCCUCCCGACUAGUGGCGGCGGACGGCAACGUACCAGUGUCGUCGCACCCAGGCGUCUCUAG